GAGUCCACAUCACAUUGCACAGCCCCACGCGUGCACUCUACCAAGAACUCUAGCUCAGCAGUUUCUGGGAAAUCAGAUCAAAGUACACCUUUCAAAACCGGCACACUUGGAGGUUUUAUAUUAAGCUUCUGGAAGCGUCUGCUGCCUCUUGUCCCAGAGACGUUUGUAGAGAAUAAGAAGACAGAUUUGCAGGCUAAGGUUCCUACCAAGAUGUUCCAUUUGCAAAGUUCACAGAUGCUACAAAUGCUAGAGAAAUCCUUACUGAAGAACCUCCCUGAAUCCUUAAAGGUUUAUGGGACUGUCUUCCACAUGAACCAGGGAAACCCAUUCAAGCUUAAGGCCCUGGUGGACUCAUGGCCGGGUUUUAAUACAGUAGUUGUCUGUCCUCAGGAGCAGGAAAUGACAGAUGACCUUGAUCACUACACCAACACUUACCAAAUCUUUUCUAAGGACCCCCAGAGCUGUCAGGAAUUCCUUGGAAGAUCAGAUGUCAUCAACUGGAAACAACAUUUGCAAAUCCAAAGUGCCCAGUCCAGCCUGGAUGAGGUCAUACAAAGCCUUGCAGCUGCUAAAUUGGUCAAGGUCAAGAAAACACAGUGCAUUCUCUACAUGAUGCCAAAGACAGUGAAGAAACUGGUGCCAUUCCUGCUGGACACGCAGAAUUUUCGUCCUGAAGCUGAGACGCCCCAGGUCAUUAAUCAAGAGAUGUUUAAACUCUCAUCGCUGGACGUCACCCAUGCUGCCUUGGUGAAUAAAUUUUGGCAUUUUGGUGGUAAUGAAAGAAGCCAGAGAUUCAUCGAGCGCUGUAUCCGGACUUUUCCCAGCUUCUGUCUGCUGGGGCCUGAGAAGACCCUGGUGUCCUGGGCCCUGAUGGACCACACUGGCGAGCUGCGAAUGGGAGGCACCAUGCCUGAGUUCCGGGGCCAGGGCCUUGUCUCUUAUAUCUUAUACAUCCAGACCCAGACUCUUGAAAAGCUUGGAUUCCCCGUGUACAACCAUACAGACAAAGCCAACAAAACAAUACAGAAAAUAAGCCACCGUCUGCACCAUGUCGCCAUGCCCUGUGACUGGAACCAGUGGAACUGUGUGCCUCUGUGAAGCUGACUCUGAGCACAAGACAAUAUUGAUGGCUGUGAUGUGGCUGGAAGGGUGGACAGAGCAAAUUGUAAGCAGCACUGAAGGAGUGGGCGUUGUUUCAGUUCUGGGGAAGCACUGUGAAUGGUCAAUGGGACUGUCAGGUUCCUGCACCUAAAUUACUUUUCAGGUCCAGCAGCCCUGGCGUGGGCUACACCCCUCUGAUGUUAUCAGGACUUUCUGGAGUGGCCACCGGCCUUGUCCAGCAUCUCAUGGGCUCAGUGAGUCUGCUUCACGCUGCUUUAAUUCUUCUCCAAGAACUCCUGUCUCACAUCUGGAUUACCAGUGUAGAGAACUUGACAGUUUGCCAAGAUGUGGUGUCAUCUUGUGGACAGUAUAUAAUUUGCUUUUCUAUGUCCCUUUAUUUAGCGGGCAAAGGGUCCCGAUUCUUCUACUGGAAGCCCUGUGAUCUGCUUCAAUGCUUAAUAACCAUGUUAAUUUGUGAAAACGCUACAAAGAAACCCAUUAUCUGUAUAAUCAAUGUGCAUUAAUAAAAAUGAAAAGAAAUCAUGUUAAAUAGUUCACAAUUAUAUGAUGGUCAGUGGAGAUGAUACCUGAGAGAUUAGUUUUUUAAAAUAAAAUUUAUUGUGUAUAUUUAAUGCACACAAUAUGAGGUUUUGGAUUAAAUGUCAAUUGGAAAAUGGUUACCAUAAUGAAACAAAGAGGUACAUCAUCUCACAUAGUUACACAAUUUAUUUUGUUUUCAUGGUCACAGCAGCCACAAUCUCAUUUUGUGUGAAUCUCAUAAAUGGUACAGUUUCAUCAUGUUAAGCAUUAGAUCUCUAGACCUGUUCAUCCUGCAUAUCAGCUAUUUUGUAUCCUUUGAUUUACAUCUCUCCCUUUUCUCACCUCAAUCCUCCUCUCUGAUAACCACACUUUAGUUUUCCAUCUCUGGAUAUGUGAAUGUUUUAAAGACUCUCUAUAUAAAUGAGAUAAUACA